AUGGCCGCGAAGAGAUCGUUCGACCAAGCUGGUCUUGGGGACGAAGAGAAUCGGGCCGUGAAACGGCAAUCGAGCGAGGAGCAGCUCCAGAGCCCCGACGACAUUUUUGGUAACGCCGGGCUUGAUGACGCUGAUGCUCAAGAUCUGUAUGGUGAUCAUGCAUAUCUUGUCGACGCUAUGGAAUCUACCAACCGGGCUCAAGCUGGUGUAUUCGAAGAAGCAGAACUGCAACAAAACCUGGACCCUACUUAUCUCCCAGUUGUCCUCGAAGGUAUUACAUCUGACAUGAUCCCGGCAACAUCUGAAUCGAUGGCAGACAACGUUUCUGGCCUUUUUGAGGAGCCCUUGUCUGCGAGCGAAGGUGUAGCCGGGGGCAAUGGUGACCAGACAUCCCUGGAUGGAGGUGUCUCCGCCAGUCAGGUUACCUCUGCCAACGGAGGCCCUGCUGAAAGCAACAAUGCACCAACUGAGGAUCCUGCUACAGCGGCGGCUACCGAAGUACAGGUACCUCAAGAGGAAGCCCCAGCGCCGCCCAAGAAAAGAAAAGGACGCCCUCCGGGCUCUCGCAACGCCACCACCCGUGCCUCCAAGAAGAACAAGAAUAAGGAAGGUUCAUCAGAGAACGCAGGUGACGAUAAGGAUGAUAAGCGAGACGCUUCACUUGAAAUGCGCCAAACCUACGCAAUGAAAAUUCCGGCCAAGCCCCUCAAGCCGGGUGAACCGGACGAUACAGACGCAGAGCUAAGCGAAUUUGACGAAGAAAGUGACGAGGAAAGCAGAACCGGAAAGAGGACGAAGAGAAGAAGGAAGACAAAGAGAGAUCCCUCCCGGACCACCCUUGCCUGUGACCUAUGCAAAAUGCGAAAAGCGAAGUGCGACAAGGGUCUUUUCGGCUGCUCGAAUUGCAGGAAUCAGAACAGAAUUUGUUGGGUUACUGAUCCAAUUUGGCUUCGCACUGAGCGUCGCGGAGCCCUUAUAUUGAUGCGUCGAAGGAUCAUACAUCUGGAGUGGUUGAACAAUUGCCUUGAACAGGCAGCACGAUCACUCAGCAUCAGAGUGAAAGCACUCUUGCAACAGCUUCAAAAUGCGAAUAUCACUCCAGUUCCCGAGGAGCCUCUGGCCGCGGAUCCUACUAAAAUCGUUGUGCAACAAACUCUACGCUAUCUCAAGCAGAGCCGAAAGAACCCAAACAACUGCGAUGAAUAUCCCUCCGAAUUCAAUACCCACGGACCCGGUGAUCUGGAGGACUUGAUAACCUCUCCGUUGGAUCCCUAUCCCGAGGACCAUCCAGAGCGGCAUCCUGAAUUCAAUACCAUGGGCGAUGCCAGCUUCGAGGCCUACGUCUCGGACGGAUUUGAAGACCCGACGGGGAUUAAGGUCAGACAAAUUUUUGAACAUCAUAUGGCAAGGAACCCCAGGGCCCAAGCACAGGGGCCUUCUGGACCACAGCAGAACGGAGCCAUGCCCGGCCAUGUUGAUAAUGGCACCAGGCCCGCACACCCCACGGGCCGUCAACAGGGAACUAUCCAAUAUCCCACAACUCCCCCUGCCGCAGCUUAUCAGGGUCGUUAUGCGCAGGUUAACAUGGGCCAGCUUCCGAAGCAGGCUGGCCUGCCACAAGAUCCUACUUACAACGCUCAACUCGCCCAGCUGGCAGCAAGCCAAUUGCCCAACUUCCCACCUAGCACUCCAUACAUGCCCAAUCAGCCCUUCUUCGCCCCUCCCCCGGGUUUCCAGCAGCAGCAUCAGCAGCAGAAACAGCAACAGCAACGCCAUGCUGCUGCCCAGCCCUCCAGCACCAUUCCAGCACCACCUGCGACCGAAUCCUCCUCCACCCAUUUCCCCCAACCCGAGAACACCAACAUGCAGAACAACAACCCUAACAACAACAUGUACACCCAAUCCACCCGACAAGUCCACCUCAGCGCCCUCGAAGACCUCGCCCGAUACCAAUACCAGCAACAGCAGCAACAGCAGCAUCAGCAACAACAACAGAUGACCGCUCCCAAACAAAGCCAACACACCAACUACGAAACCCUCCCCCAGAUCAACACCCCCGGCUACUCAACCCAUUACCCCUACGAGCAGAGCCAAGACGACCCCCAACUCGCUGCAGCAGGGUCCACAUACCCCGAAAUAUCCGACCAUGCUCUCACUCAGUACUUGGGCUCAAAUGAGUUCAAUCUCUAUGGCCCUGACGCCGCCGCCGCUCUAGCAUGGGCGAGCAUGCACGGGGGGGCUGCUGCUGCGGGCUACCCGCACGAAGGUAUGAGUUUGGUUGGUGGUGUGCCUUCUUCGUCGGCGGGUGUUUCGCAGCCUCCUACUUCUGCGGCGACUACUACUGCUACUGCUACUACUGCUGCUACUGAUAAUGUGCCUCAGAAGAAGGCGAAGAGGGGUGGGAGGAGGAAGAAGCAGCAGCAGGAGCAGCAGCAGUAG